AUGGUUAAGCAGACUAUUCAGAUUUUUGCCCGCAUCAGACCAACUAAGAAAACCACAUCGGUGUACUCCGUAGAUGAUGAUGAGGAGAAGGCCGGCUCCACUCUGGAGUUUGUGGUGCCGAGGGACCUAGCCGAUGGCUUCAUCAACAACAAAAAAGAGAGCUACAGAUUCAGGUUCCAGAAAGUGUUUGAUCAAGAAGCUAACCAGGACGAGAUCUUCGAGGCCAUCGCCAAGCCAGUUGCUGACAGUGUCCUGGGAGGAUACAAUGGCACCAUCUUUGCUUAUGGACAGACUGGUAGUGGGAAGACCUUCACCAUCACAGGAGGAGCUGAGCGCUACAGUGACCGUGGCAUCAUCCCUCGCACUCUUUCCUACAUUUACCAGCACUUUAGUCAGGACAGCAGUAAGAUGUACUCUGCCCACAUUUCCUACCUUGAGAUCUACAACGAGGAUGGCUACGAUCUGCUAGAUCCGCGUCAUGAGGCGUCUCGACUGGAGGACCUACCGAAAGUGACCAUCAUGGAGGAUGAAAAUCAAAAUAUCCAUCUGAAGAACCUGUCAAUCCAGCAAUCAGCCAAUGAAGAGGAGGCGCUCAACUUGCUUUUCCUGGGAGACACCAAUCGCAUGAUUGCUGAGACACCGAUGAACCAGGCGUCCACGCGAUCCCACUGCAUCUUCACCAUCCACGUGUGCAGCCGGGAGCCUGGUUCCUCCACGCUGCGCCGCUCCAAACUGCACCUGGUCGACCUGGCCGGGUCUGAACGCGUGGGGAAGACCGGUGUGGGCGGGCAGCUGCUGACAGAAGCCAAGUACAUCAACCUGUCACUGCACUUCCUGGAGCAGGUGAUUAUCGCGCUGUCAGAGAAGAACCGCUCGCAUAUUCCGUACCGGAACUCCAUGAUGACCUCUGUCUUGAGGGACAGCCUUGGCGGGAACUGCAUGACAACCAUGAUCGCCACCGUAUCCGUGGACAAAAGGAAUGUUGAUGAAUCCAUCUCCACCUGCCGCUUCGCCCAGAGGGUGGCGCUCAUCAGGAAUGAAGCCCUGCUCAACGAGGAGCUGGAUCCGGCUUUGUUGAUAAUUCGCCUGAAGCGUGAGAUUCAGUCCCUGAAAGAGGAGCUUGCCAUGGUGACAGGGGAGCAGAGGGAGGACCAGCUGACUGAAGAGGAGAUCCACAACUUAGAGGAGCAAGUGCAGAAGUUUGUGGAAGACCCUGAUCCCGAAGUCACUCUGGACCUGGGACCUGACAUGCGAAAGAUCCACCACUCCUUCUCCCUGCUCAAGGGGAUGGUGCGGGACAAGCUUUCCGGUGGGGGUGGGGACGGUGAGCCGCCUACACCCUCUGACAUCCCCAGCAAGCCGGGCAGCCCCCAGCCAGAGGAGGUGAAGAAGCUGAGAGAUAUUCUGCAGCAGCGGGACAAUGAGAUCAGUGUGCUGGUGAACAUGCUGAAGAAGGAGAAGAAGAAGGCCCAGGAUGCGGCCGCACAGCUGGCCGUUUUCAUCAACGGCCAACCACAAUCCUGGCAUUCCCUGCAGUCGUCCACAGCAAUGCCGGCUGAGUCCAGAAUGAGCCAGGACAAAGAGGCCGUCCCCUGUGACAGCGGCACUUCAAACGCACUGCACAGGAGACAAGGGCCGGAGCUGUCCAUGGGCCGGCAGGAGGCAUUUGAGAUCUUCAGGAGAGAUCAUGAGGACAGCGUGACCAUCGAUGACAACAAAGCCCUGCUCAAGCAGAGGUUCGCUGAAGCCAAGGCCCUCGGGGAGCAGGUGAACGACGCCAGGAGCAGAGUCAAUGAGCUGAAGUUGCAGCUGGAGAGGAGGAGGAGGCAGACGGCAGCUCAGGGGCUGGCGGACGGAAUCGCAGAACCUGUGGAGCCGGACCCUGUGGAGGAGAGACUCUGUGAACAGAUCGAGGAGGAAAAGAAGAGUUACAAGAGUACCUUUGGCCGUCUGAAGGCUCUGAAGACAGAGAUCGAGCACUUACAGCUGCUGCUGGAAAGGGCAAAGGUCAAGCUGCAGAGAGACUUCCAGGAGUGGUGGUCUCAGGAGUCAGCCAGGCUGCAGACGGCAGACCCGCGAGCCCUAGCCACUGCUGGCCCCUCGUCAUCCAUUCCACUGACUGGAGACAAGCGGACAGACGCAGACAUUAUGGCCUUCGUCCGAGCCAGACAAAAUCUUCUCAGCAGGACAGGUAGAGCCAGACCCCAGUUCUACAUUUCAUCACGGCUGCAGUGCUCCCCGUCCAUCACGCAGACAGCAGGGGCCAGUGGCAGCCCAUGUUUUCUUAUGAGUGUCAUCACCUAG